GUGGUUAUGAUUUUCUAUGGAAAUGUCACCUUUUAACAACUUUUAAGAAGCAUGUUGGGACGAAUAAAUGGAAAAAUUUACAACCAUACUUUGGAUUAUGUAUUUGCAAUCUGCAAUAUAUCGUGCAGAGGAACAACCGAUGUCGGUUCAGAUUCCAAUAAUGAAUGAGGUGAAGUCACGAAUAAUCGGUGGAUCAGAGGUGACCCCCCAUUCAUACCCUUUCCAGGUUCACAUAAAAAUGUUUAAUAAGAUUUCCAACGUAGCAUCAUGUGGUGGUUCAUUAAUAAGCAAGAAAAUUGUCCUUACAGCGGCGCACUGCCUUGACGGGCGUCCAUCUUUGGUGGCUAUCAAAUUAGGAAAACACGUCUUUUCCAAAUAUGAAAAAUCUGAAAAACUAUACUUUACAUCAACUUAUAGAUCCCAUGGUGGGUAUUAUGGUAAGGAAUGUAAGGACGACAUAGCUUUAGUGCAACUAAAUGAAGACGUUGAUCUGGAUGGCGAAACGGUUAGCACUGUUGAAUUGGCCAGAGAUCCUACUAAGCUAUAUGUCGACGAACAAGCUACAAUUGUAGGCUGGGGAAUGACCGACAGUCAAGCACAAUCGCCUGAACUGAGAUCCGUUGACGUUAAGGUUUUGGAUCAACAUGGUUGCGUCUUCCAGACAUAUUCGAAAAUCUACCCUACCCAAAUUUGCACCUCAGGCGCUGGUCCUAAAGGAGCCUGUGUAGGCGACUCCGGUGGCGCAGUUUUGGUCGACGGAGUCCAAGUUGGAAUUGUAUCAUGUCUUAAACUACAUUCUGAAGAAGGUGAUACCAGAGAGCACUGCAUGUCAGGAUUACCAACCAUUCACACCAGAGUGGCCAUGUACAAAGACUGGAUCGACAGAGCCCUCAGUGAUCCUGGUUUCUUUAAUAAGGGCUGCACCAAAGGAAGCAAUAUUAUAUUCGUUCUGUGUGAUAUUUUUAUUCUAUUAGCACACUUUUGAGAUUAAAUAUGUUUCAUAAA